GACCAGCGUGCUUCCAACGGGUAUCCAAGUUUUGGCAAGCCUUAACCGCUAAGAUUUCGAUUGAAUCGUUCUCUCUCUUCUCUUCUUUAUAAAAGCCCCCACCGAGCGCCAUAACCACAUCACUCCCAAGGCUAACGACCAACGAAGCACGGACAACCGACAACAGCAACAGCGCGAACCAGAAAGCCCCAUGAACUUAUUGCCUGAAGGCUGCAUCGCCGCCAUCAUCUCCUGCACCACCCCUCGUGACGCAUGCCGCUUGUCUUUGGUUUCUUCCAUUUUCAAAUCCGCCGCCGAAUCCGACGUAGUUUGGGAGCGCUUCUUGCCACGCGAGUACCAAUCCAUCAUUUCUAAGUCUUCCCAUUGCCCAUCGUGUUCUUCUUCUCCGUCUUUUUUGCUGGGUUUGCCUUUGAAGAAGGAGCUCUUUCUGAGCCUCUGUGACCACCCGAUUCUUAUUGAUGAUGGGAAAAAGUCCUUUUCCUUGGAUAAGCAGAGUGGGAAGAUAUGUUGCAUGAUAUCUUCCAGGGACCUCAUGAUUGUGUGGGGUGAUACUCCCACAUAUUGGAGAUGGACUUCUCUUCCCGGCGCAAGGUUCCAAGAGGUUGCUGAGCUUAUAGGUGUAUGUUGGCUUGAGAUAAGUGGAAAGAUUAGUACUCGGAUUUUGUCACCAGGUACAAACUAUACAGCUUAUCUUGUGUUCAAGCCAACAGCAGGGCCUUACGGGUUUGAAAAUCAACCUGUAGAGGUCAGUGUUGGACUUGUGGGUACCGAAAACCAAAAACGAUCCGUGUAUUUGGAUACAGUAAGAAGUCUGAGUAUGCGAUAUCGGUUAGGGAGGCUUCCUAGUCUUGUCCGCAGAGUCAAGUGGCAGGCAUCUUUGGCAAGAGAGGAUGAUGGCCAUCAUCCUAAGGAGAGAGGAGAUGAUUGGCUUGAAGUUGAGUUAGGUGACUUUUACAAUACAGGAGAUGAAAACGGUGAAUUGGAAAUUAGUAUUUCGGAGACAAGGGGUGGUCACUGGAAGGGUGGCCUCAUCAUUCAAGGAAUUGAGAUAAGGCCAAAGCAGGGUAAAUAAAUAAGUGAUCUUCUUCCUUAAGUAUUGCCAUUGACAUAAUUAUAACGGCAUUUAUUAGUAAGACAGCUUUUCUCUAGUGUCAAAACCUAGUGUUUGUGUGUUAAUUCUGUGAAGCAUAUGAUGUUCCCUUAAGUGAUAUGGAAAUUUGCUUCUUUUGGGAUUCA